UACAGCCGUACACUCUACCAGUUUUCCUUCAGUCUGAUUUGCCAUGGACCUCAGCGGAAUCCUUAUUCUUGUCCUCAUAUUUCUUGUGACCACCAUACUGCUUCUAUCACAAUGGAAGAUAAGAGGAAAGCUACCCCCGGGUCCCACUCCACUACCCUUUAUAGGGAACAUGCAUCAGGUCAAGAUGAAUGAUCUCAUCAAAUCCUUGGUUGAGCUCAGCAAAAAAUAUGGCCCAAUGUACACUUUCUAUUUGGGAUCACGUCCCACUGUUGUGCUAUGCGGUUACCAGGUGUUGAAGGAGGCACUUAUUGACAAUGCAGAAGAAUUUAGUGGAAGGGGAGAGUUCCCGGCUGUCCAGAUGUACAGCAAAGGAAAUGGUAUUGUGUACGGGACAGGAGAAAGAUGGAGACAACUUCGCCGUUUUGCUAUCAGUACCCUGAAGAACUUUGGCAUGGGAAAGAGAAGUCUGGAGGAGAGGGUGAAAGAAGAAGCCCAGUAUUUGAUUGCUGAGUUCAGAAAUAGUGAAGGGAAGCCCAUAGACCCAACAUUUGGCUUCAGUUCGGCUGGUUCUAAUAUAAUAUGCUCUCUGGUGUUUGGAGACCGGUUUGACUAUAGAGAUGAUGAAUUCCUGACUUUAUUGUAUUUGAUCAACAACAGCUGGCAUCUAAUGAGCUCCACAUGGGGACAGCUUCUUUUUGUUUUUCCAAAAAUCAUGAAACAUAUUCCAGGCCCACAUAGAAAGAUUUACAAAAACUAUGUCAAACUUGGAGCCUUUGUGGCCAAGAGGCUCCGAAUGAACAAAGAGACACUUGACCCAAACAACCCACGUGAUUUCAUUGACUGUUUCCUUAUAAAAAUUGAUCAGGAGAAGAAAAACUCAAAUUCUCACUUCAACUAUGAGACAAUGUUGAAAACGACGGUAAAUGUAUUUUUCGCUGGUACUGAGACGGUGGGCUCUACUCUCAGAUAUGGUUUCCUAAUUAUGCUAAGACAUCCAGAAGUGAGAGAGAAAGUUCAGGAGGAAAUAGAUCGAGUGAUCGGCCGGGACAGAUGUCCAUGCAUGGAUGAUAGAAGCAAGAUGGCCUACACUGAAGCUGUCCUCUAUGAGAUCCUGAGAUUUGCAGAUAUAGUCCCCAUGAGUGUGCCACACACAGUAACAAGGGAUAUUAAGUUCCGUGGCUAUGACUUGCCUGAGGGUUUGAACAUCAUGCCCCUGAUUUGCACAUCCCAGUAUGACCCUACAAAGUUUAAGAGCCCCAGUUCAUUUGACCCCACACACUUCUUGGACCAAAAUGGACUCUUCAAGAAGAACGAGGCAUUUAUGGCUUUUUCAGCAGGAAAGCGUAUUUGCCUUGGGGAAGGUCUGGCCCAAAUGGAACUGUUUAUUUUCUUCACCACCAUCCUCCAGAACUUCAAUCCAAAGCCUAUUGUGGACAACAAGGACCUUGAUAUCACUCCUGAAAGCAGUGGAUUGGGCAAUAUCCCACGACCAUACAAAAUUUGCCUUAUUCCCCGCUGAGGAUGAAAGCAGAUGGCUAGGAUACACAAGAUAGAACAAAAAUUAAAGAUUACUGGUUAUAAUGCCUUACUCAUUAUGUGUCAAUAACAUAAAUAUUAGAGCAUCAUUGAACAGUUUAAAUCAUUUAAUUUCCUCUUCUGUAGAGCAAGCCCAUCAUCUCUGUCUUCUUCUUUAGUUCUAAACUGUUUCUUUGUACACUCCUUUUAAAUAUUGCUUCACUUAAAGUAUCUUUUAAAACUAUUAUAUCGAUAACAAUCAUGUAAUCAUUGCUCAGAUCUCUCCUACAGACAAGGGACUUAUGUAUUUUUCAGAUCUUGCCAAAGUAGAAAAUUAUAGUAUAUCCUUGUGUUCUACCAAUUUUAAGUUUGAGAUUUUUUGCUUGUAAAAAUUGACUUUUUAAUUACCCUUUGAGGAACACUAUCACCAUUAGAAGGGCUAUGUUAUUACUACAUAUGAUGUUGUUAUACUUUUGAUAAGGUGUCUUUUAAUGUGGCCACAUUGAUUCAUUUGAUACUGCAAAUUGACUUAUAGGGUGGUAUUCAAUUCUUUUCACCCCUUUCCCCACCCAUUCUGUUUCUGCUGACGGGUGUGGUAUACUCAUUUCAGCUCGCUACCCCAGGGGUAGCGAGGGCGCCGCACCCUUUACGCAGCUAAACUUGAUUACUACAGGCGCAAUAUCCGUGAAAACGGGGAUCACUUUAGAAAGGAGAUUGGGCGUGAUAUAUCAUUUGAAUACCGCCCAUAGAGAAUUAAAAUGGGAUUGAUAUAUUGCAACAUGCUCCUGAUAACAUCACCUGUAUGCUCUUACACUAAUUGAAGAAUGUCACAUUCCAGUCGGGCUGGAGGUAUUUUUUAUGUUUAUGUUUAAUUUUACCUAUUCUUCUUAUUACUAUUGAGUAUUUAAAAAGAGGCAGUCCAUCUUCUGAGUACAUCCCCUUCACCUUUAAUUAAGGAUUACUAUGAGGGGUAAAUGUAUAUUCAUAUUCGACCAGUUUAUAGACCUAAUUAAGUAGUCUGUGAUCCAGCAACCACCGAUUAUAUAUUCUAAUAGUGAAUAUUUCCUUAAUACUGUACCUCAUCAAAUUGGAUAGGGGGUAGAUUUUAACCAGUCUAUAUUAGCGAAUAUAUGUACACAUUGAAAAAUGGUUUGAUAGUAAUGUUUAAUAGAUACUUACCAUCCAUUAAUAACAGUAGAAACUGAUGUUUAUACGAUUAUAUAUUUCCCAGGUGUAAAUUCACUUUUUGGACUCCUUUCUAACCAGUGUGAUCUAUGUUCUGGUAUUUUUUCACUAAUUUGUGAUGUCAGGUAUGUGAUCUCCUUUAAGAUAUUCAUGUAAGUUCAUACCUGGAAGUCAGUUUAAAUACAUGUACCACGGACUCAUGUCACAUUGGUCGAUAGGAGACAUCAUUUCAAUGUUUUUUUGGUAGGAUUUACUAAUAUGGAUAAGGAAUCCCAGGUUUGACAGACCGGUCCUAAGUGCUUAUAGCACAUAUAUGAGUUGAAGUUCAGUUCCUUCACAUUUGAAGGUAUGCGGCCCUAUAAAUAUAGAAAUAAUUGGGAUCACUCGCAUUCAUUAUCAUUGUUUGUUUCAUUUUUAUGUUUAUCUCUGCUUGUUCCUUUCUGUACCUCUUUUAAUACAUUGGGUAUUUCCUGUGAGGUAUCAGUUAUCAUUGUUCCAGUUUCUUCAAAGCAUAAGUUAUGAUUUAAAAAAAAAGAAAAGUUUUUUAAAGAAAUUAUAUAAACAUUUAAGGAAAUUGUAAUAACAUACUGAGAAACAGUAUAAGUUAUAUGUUCUGCAUUUGUAAAUAUAUACCUGAUGAAGUCUCACCAGGAGAUGAAUGCGUUUGAUUUUUCUUAUAUGUGUGAUCCCUGACCUUCUUAACAAGAAGUCAGGAGAAGGAAUUAUCUGUCAAAUUACGGACACUGUGAAACCAUAUUUCCUAUGUGUAUGAUUUUAUGCAAAAUGGAAUUUUAAUAAAUGUAU